UUUAAAUAAUAAUAAUAAUAGUAAUGCAAUGCAACUAAAAACUGAAAACAGUUCUGAUUUACGUUGUAUUUAAUUUAUCUUAAUAAAGUUAUUAAAUUUAAUAGUUUAGUUUUUAAAAAUAAUACACAAUGUACGAGGAAGAGGAGGUGAAUGCCGAGCAGACUGAGGAUGAAGAAAUUUCCUCGAAACUGUGGCAGGAGGCCUGCUGGAUCGUUAUUAAUGCCUAUUUCAAUGAGAAAGGUCUUGUACGACAGCAAUUGGACAGUUUCGAUGAAUUUAUUGAGAUGACCAUUCAAAGAAUUGUUGAAGAUUCACAACAAAUAGAAUUACAAGCUGAAGCUCAACAUCAUGCAGGAGAAGUAGAAAAAACCGCAAUUCAUAUAUUAAAAUUCGAACAAAUUUAUUUAUCGAAACCCACUCACUGGGAAAAAGAUGGUGCUCCAUCACCUAUGAUGCCUAAUGAAGCCAGACUUCGAAAUUUAACUUAUUCUGCUCCUUUGUACGUUGAUAUUACAAAAAGUGUGGCGAAAGAUAAGGAAUCCAAAGAUGAUGCAACCAAAUCUCAGCUUCAAAAGGCAUUUAUUGGAAAAAUGCCAAUCAUGUUGAGAUCAAAGUAUUGUUUACUCAAUAAUUUAGUGGAUCGUGACUUGACUGAAUUGAACGAAUGUCCUUUGGAUCCUGGUGGAUAUUUUAUUAUUAAUGGAUCAGAAAAGGUUCUUAUUGCACAAGAGAAAAUGGCAACAAACACAGUCUAUGUAUUUAGCAUGAAAGAUGGAAAAUAUGCUUACAAAGCGGAAAUUCGUUCUUGCUUGGAACACAGUUCUCGACCAACAUCUACCCUUUGGAUUAAUUUAAUGGCUAAAAGCGCUACGAGCAUCAAGAAAUCAACAAUUGGACAACGAAUAAUAGCGAUCAUCCCAUACGUUAAACAAGAAAUUCCCGUGAUGAUUGUAUUUCGUGCGUUUGCUUUUGUAGCAGAUCGCGAUAUUUUGGAACACAUUAUUUAUGAUUUCGAUGAUCCCGAAAUGAUGGAAAUGGUGAAACCAUCUCUUGACGAGGCAUUCUCCAUUCAAGAGCAGAAUGUCGCUUUAGAUUUUAUUGGCGCUCGAGGUGCAAAAGCAGGUGUGAAAAAAGAAAAUCGUAUUAAAUACGCUAGAGAAAUUCUCCAAAAAGAAAUGUUACCUCACGUUGGUGUUAGUGAUUUUUGUGAAACAAAGAAAGUUUACUUUCUUGGUUAUAUGGUGCAUAGACUUUUGUCAGCCGCUCUUGGUAGACGUGAACUUGACGAUCGUGAUCACUACGGUAAUAAACGUUUAGAUCUUGCAGGUCCAUUGCUCGCUCUUCUAUUCCGUGGUUUAUUUAAAAAUCUCAUGAAAGAAGUUCGAAUGUACGCACAGAAAUUCAUUGACAGGGGAAAAGAUUUUAAUCUCGAACUUGCCAUUAAGACUAAAACAAUAACAGAUGGUUUAAGAUAUUCAUUGGCCACUGGAAAUUGGGGUGAUCAAAAGAAAGCCCAUUUGGCAAGAGCCGGUGUCUCUCAAGUGUUGAAUAGAUUGACAUUCGCCUCGACAUUAUCCCAUUUGAGAAGAGUUAAUUCACCAAUUGGACGUGAUGGUAAAUUAGCAAAACCACGUCAGCUUCACAAUACAUUGUGGGGAAUGUUGUGUCCAGCAGAAACUCCAGAAGGUGCUGCCGUUGGUCUUGUCAAGAAUUUAGCUUUAAUGGCAUAUAUUAGUGUCGGUUCUCAACCAUCACCGAUUUUAGAGUUCUUGGAGGAAUGGUCCAUGGAGAAUUUGGAGGAAAUUGCAUCGAGUGCAAUUGCAGACGCGACUAAGAUUUUUGUAAAUGGAUGCUGGGUUGGAAUUCAUCGAGAGCCUGAUCAUCUUAUGGCUACUUUGAGAAAAUUGAGAAGAGAGAUGGACGUCAUUGUAUCAGAGGUAUCAAUGAUUAGAGAUAUCAGGGACAGAGAAAUUCGAAUUUACACCGAUGCUGGACGAAUUUGUAGGCCUCUGUUAAUUGUGAAUGGACAAAAUCUUGUAUUGAGACAAUCGCACAUUGAAAUGUUGAAGGAAAAGGAAUACGAUGGUUGGCAAGCUUUGGUGUCAAGUGGCGUUGUUGAAUAUAUCGAUACAUUGGAAGAAGAAACUGUCAUGAUUGCAAUGUCACCCGAUGAUUUAAGACAGGAAAAGGAAUAUGCUUACUGUACAACUUAUACGCAUUGUGAAAUUCAUCCAGCGAUGAUUCUUGGUGUUUGCGCUUCAAUUAUUCCAUUCCCUGAUCACAAUCAAAGUCCGAGAAAUACAUAUCAAAGUGCUAUGGGUAAACAAGCCAUGGGUGUUUAUAUUACAAAUUUUCAUGUACGGAUGGAUACUCUUGCUCAUGUUUUAUAUUAUCCACAUAAACCACUUGUUACGACACGAUCUAUGGAAUAUCUUAGAUUUAGAGAACUUCCGGCUGGAAUCAAUAGUAUUGUUGCCAUUUUAUGUUAUACUGGAUACAAUCAGGAAGACAGUGUCAUUUUAAAUGCAAGUGCAGUGGAAAGAGGAUUUUUCAGAUCCGUUUUCUAUCGAUCUUACAAAGAUUCAGAAACGAAACGUAUGGACGAUCAAGAGGAACAAUUUGAGAAACCUACACGACAAACGUGCCAAGGAAUGCGAAAUGCAAUUUAUGAUAAAUUGGAUGAUGAUGGUAUAAUAGCGCCGGGAAUUCGUGUCUCUGGAGAUGAUGUGGUCAUUGGAAAGACAAUUACUUUGCCUGAAACUGAUGACGAGUUGGACAGCACAACAAAACGUUUUACGAAGAGAGAUGCUUCCACUUUCCUGCGUAACAGUGAAACUGGUAUUGUGGAUCAAGUGAUGUUGACGUUAAACAGUGAAGGUUACAAAUUUUGUAAAAUCAGAGUACGAAGUGUCCGAAUUCCACAAAUUGGAGACAAAUUUGCUUCUCGUCAUGGACAAAAGGGAACUUGUGGUAUUCAAUACAGACAAGAAGACAUGCCAUUCUCAUGCGAAGGACUUACACCUGAUAUUAUCAUCAAUCCUCACGCUAUUCCAUCUCGUAUGACAAUUGGUCACUUGAUUGAAUGUAUUCAGGGAAAAGUUUCCGCCAAUAAGGGUGAAAUUGGUGACGCUACGCCAUUUAACGAUGCAGUUAACGUACAAAAAAUUUCGACACUUUUACAAGAAUAUGGUUAUCAAUUGAGAGGGAAUGAAGUUAUGUACAAUGGUCACACUGGAAGAAAAAUUAACGCUCAAGUUUUCUUGGGUCCAACUUAUUAUCAACGUUUGAAGCACAUGGUGGACGACAAAAUUCAUAGCAGAGCAAGAGGUCCAGUUCAAAUUUUAGUCAGACAACCUAUGGAAGGAAGGGCAAGGGAUGGAGGAUUACGUUUUGGUGAAAUGGAACGCGAUUGUCAAAUUUCUCAUGGUGCAGCUCAAUUUUUGCGCGAACGUCUUUUUGAAGUUUCGGAUCCGUACAGAAUUCACGUUUGUAAUUUCUGCGGUUUGAUUGCCAUUGCGAACUUAAGAAACAACACUUUCGAGUGUAGAGGCUGCAAAAACAAGACACAAAUCUCUCAAGUCAGGCUUCCUUAUGCUGCUAAACUUCUUUUCCAAGAAUUAAUGGCUAUGAGUAUCGCUCCUCGUCUCAUGGUUACUUAAAUAAUUUAGUGUACAUUUUUUUUCUUCAUGGUUUAUUUAAGUGCAAAGUAAAUCCCGUUGGUUUUCUGACCAUAUUUGUAUUUAUGAUACAAGUUAUUCUUUAAUGUAUCGCACGAUCACGACUUUCGUUACUUGAAUUAGAGAUAUUUUUUUAUAAGAUUUACUUUUAAUUCUUAUGAAUGAGCAAUAAUUAAUCAUUGAAUGGAAGUCAGUAUAAAUUGAUGAGGUGAAUAUGUAAUUAGAUAUUUUUUAUAAAUUAGAUUUAAUCUAUGUAGAUUGUAAAUCAAUAAAUACAGUGUCUUUGUAAUAAUA